CAUUGGGUACCCUUCCAAUUUCCAUUUUGUUUUCUCGAAUAUUUUUAUUUUUAUUUUUUUGGGGUUUCUUUCCCAUUUGGAUCCUCAACGGAAUUCGAAGCGGUUAUUAAAAUUUUCCUUUUCCUACAUUAUCUCAGCAACCAAACGUACCAUUUAAAAGAUUGAAUUCAUCAGCACCGUCGCCGAUUUUCGGUGAACUCUCUGAAUUCGAAUGUUGGAGACCGAAAAUAACGCUGAAUCUGGGAAAAUCUCUUCAUUGAGCAAUGAGUUACAGAAGCCGUUCCUCCAGGGCAGCUCUCUUUGAUGAUCUUGAGGAAGGAGGUCUUAGAACCAGCUCCUCUUACUCCCGUGACAUUAAUGAGCGUGACAAUGACAAAGCUGCUGAAAGUCUGCAUGAAAGAGUUACUUUUCUAAAGAAAUUAACAGGUGACAUACAUGAUGAGGUGGAGAGUCAUAAUCGAUUGCUUGACCGAACGGGAAAUGACAUGGACGCAUCAAGAGGUAUUAUGAGUGGAACCAUGGAUCGGUUCAAGAUGGUAUUUGAGAAAAAAACAAACCGGAGAAUGUGUGGACUGGCAGCAAGCUUUGUGGUUUCUUUUUUGCUCAUAUACUAUCUCAUUAGGGUCCUCAGAUACUUCACUCAGAGUUGAAUGGGAAUUAGAGAGUUUGUUUGCCGAAAUCUUCAAUUUAGAUGAUGGAUUUUGAGCCGUAUACAGUAGAAUCAUGUGGAUGUCAUUCAUUUACCAAGGAAGUGGCACAGAACAUCUCAUCUUCUCAAAGCAUAUCUUGCUAGAAAUAUUCAUCAUUUCUCAAUACUCUUCGACGCUAAAUGGGCCAUUAGUUAAAUCCAGGCUGCAUAUCCUGGUGGGUAAUGAUGGAUAAUAGGAUUAAUGUUACUCUCUUUUAUGGGUUUCGUGAUUUGUUGCACUUAUAAAGAUGAAUGAAACAUACACUCUUCAUUGAAAAAGGCUAGAUGCAAGGCAUCUUUCUUGGUUCCAA